AUGAAUAUGCAUAUGAAACGUUCAUUCGUUCAAUUGAUGGAUUUAUCUGACGAAAUACUUCUGAUUAUUUUUGAGGAAUUAAAUAAUGUCGAAAUGCUCAAUUCUUUAAUGGGUAUUAACACACGGCUCGAUAAAAUUCUACGUCAUCCAAUGUUUACUAGUCAUUUAACGUUAAUGAGAUCGUCAUCAAAUAAACUUUUCCAUCCUUUGGCUGAUAUUAUGGUUGAUCGGUUUUGUUCUCAAAUAUUGCCUCAAAUUCAUCAUAAUAUCGAAUGGCUCAAUCUCGAAUUAUUAUCUGUGGGACGUGUUCUUCAUGCUUCCGAUUAUCCUAAUUUAUAUGGAUUGGGUCUUUACCAAAUUAAUUAUGAUGCCACUCUACGUCUCUUUAGUGAUAAAUCUGAUCUAGUUCGCAUCUUCAAAAAUCAGAUUUCUCGACUUGUUAUGACAGUUUAUGAAUACAAAGAACAAUCUUACAAAGAAAAAGUGAUAACGACUCUGCUUACUCGUAUAUUUACUGUGUUUACAAAUCUAACUUAUUUAAAUUUGAAUAAGUUUACAUGUAUUGACAUUGAUCGUCAGAAUGUUUCUACACCUACAACUUUUUCUUCUUCAACUCUGGUGGAAUUGCAUGUAAAUGUGGCUCGUUUCGGCGAUUGCCUUUAUUUACUCGAUGGUCGUUUCGAUCAACUUCGUUCAUUCUAUCUUAGAAUUUCUAUCAUUUCCAGCGAUCUGAUGAAUCCAUCGUCAAUAAUCGAUAAUAAAAGAGAGUUGCCUAAUUCGAAAUGUUUUUCGUUGAGUUCUAAUCGUGGAACAAGUGAUUAUGAUGAAUUAAUCUUGCCACUUUUACAUCGAAUGUCAAAUCUUGAAAGAUUAACUUUAUAUCUUGUGCUCUACCGUUACACAUCAUUUAUCGAUGGUAAUCAUUUGAAAAAAGACAUUAUCAACCAAUUACCAAGAUUAAAUAAAUUAUUAUUUAAUAUUUAUUCAUUCAUAAACAUUAACGAUUUAAUGUGUCACACAUCAAAUGAAGAUGUUCAAUGUACAUUCAAAAAUUUCAGUUACUAUAAAAUAAGUUCCUCUGUGGAUUAUUUUCCAAAAGAAGAAAAGAGUCUAUGUCAUAUAUACUCACAUCCUUACAGACUGAAGCGUUACGAUCAUAUAACAAAUAAUUUUCCAGGUGGAUUAUUCAAAUGCGUUGAAGAAAUAUCGCUAUUUGAUGAACGUCCUUUUGAACACGAAUUUUUUGAUUCGACUUUCUAA